CUUGCCAGCUUUGAAGAAGGCGUCCACCUCCUCACCUUUUUGGUGUUGUUUUGUUUUUUUUCUUAUGUUUCUUUCAAACAAAUUAUUAAUUAUGUCUAAAUUCCCGCAUUUGCUCCGCGUCGCGAACACGUUCCGGCUUCCGUACGAGGGUUCGUGUUGUAAGUCGAGGUUUUUGCACUUUAACUCGCCUGUCAAGCUGUCAGCGACGUGCACAGGAGCCACGAAACCCUUCAGACGGUACACCACUUCUGCCAAGAAGAAGAAAAACACCGUCCGGAUCGGCUGUGCCUCCGGGUUCUGGGGGGACACCGCCACCUCAGUGCCUCAGUUGAUCUACAGUGGGAAGCUGGACUUCCUGGUGUUUGACUACCUCAGUGAGAUUACCAUGUCUCUGCUCACCGCUGCCAAGUCCAAGAUGCCUAAUAUGGGCUAUACUCCAGACUUUGUCCAAGUUGCUCUGGCUCCUUUCAUUAACGACAUCCAAAAGAAAGGUAUUCGUGUGGUCAGUAAUGCAGGGGGUGUGAAUCCUCUGGCUUGUGCCGAAGCCAUACAGGAAGUCAUCAAGAAGGCGGGCCUUGACCUCAAGGUUGCCGUGGUAACAGGCGAUGACCUCAUGCCCCAUAAAGACAGUCUCUCAGAAGUAAAGAUGGCAGAUGGCAGCGGUGGGCAACGAUUACCCAAAACACUCCACAGUAUGAACGCCUACCUGGGGGCCGUUCCUAUCCAGCGGUGUCUGGACCUGGGGGCUGACAUCGUGGUGACGGGACGGUGUGUGGACAGCGCCGUGGCUCUGGGGCCGCUCAUGCACACGUUCGGAUGGGAGAGGAAUGACUAUGACCUACUGGCGGCAGGGAGUCUUGCAGGCCACCUGAUAGAGUGCGGAGCCCAGUGUACAGGAGGAAUAUUCACCGACUGGUACAAAGUUCCUGACUGGGACAACAUGGGUUUCCCGGUGGUCGAAUGUUCCAGCGACGGCUCGUUCGUCCUCUCCAAGCCGCCCAAAACCGGCGGCCUGGUCUCGUUUGGCACGGUGGCCGAGCAGCUGGUGUACGAGAUCGGCGACCCGCGGCGGUACCUGCUGCCCGACGUCACCUGCGACUUCAGCCGGGUGGUGAUAAAGGAAAUACCAGGUGUGGAUGGAGGUGCUGUCAGAGUGACGGGGGCUAAAGGCUCCGCUCCAUCAAACGACUACAAGGUGUGUGCCACCUACAUGGAUGGUUUCAGGGCGACGGCGGUGUGUCCGGUCGGAGGGCCGAGAGCAUCAGAGAAGGCCAGGCGAACCGCCGAGAGCAUCAUUAAAAGGACAAGGCGUAUAUUUAAACAGUUAGGAUUGGAAGACUUCAAUUCUGUCAAUGUCCAGGUUCUGGGAGCUGAGGACACCUACGGAGCCAACGUUCGCAACAAGGGUUCUCGGGAGGUUGUGAUCUGGAUGGCUGUUCAGCACAAACACAAGAAAGCACUUGAAAUUUUCUCCAGGGAAAUUGCUCCUGCAGGCACCGGCAUGGCUCCUGGACUGACAGGCAUAGUGGGUGGACGGCCGAGAGUCUCUCCUGUGUUGAAGCCAUUCUUCUUUAUGCAGCCCAAGUCUCAGCUGAAGGUGGACGUGCACCUUGGUGGAAGCCUGGCGGAAACGCUUUCGGAGGCGGCACCAGACGCAGACGGUCAGGACGCCCAUCCCACCUCAGCAGAGGACGUGCCUGACACAGAUUUACCCAGCGGACCACACAGCUACAGGCUGGAGGAGCUGGCCUACACCAGGAGCGGAGACAAGGGAGACUCGGCUAACAUCGGAGUGAUCGCUCGUCAUCCUCUCUUCUUCCCCUACCUGAAGAAACACCUGACUUCUUCUGUGGUGGAGGAAUACUUCUCCCACCUCAUCCAGCCAGGAACGCAGAACUCCGUCACACGAUACACUCUUCCUGGGAUCCACGGCCUAAACUUUGUCUUACAGAAUUCCCUGGGUGGGGGAGGGGUGGCGUCUCUGCGCAGCGACCCCCAGGGUAAGGCCUACGGUCAGAUGCUGCUGGAUUUGAAGCUGAGAGGACUUCCUGACCUCAAAUCACUGGUGGAUUGAACGAGAGAAAGAGACUGAGAGGGAGAAGUAGAUGGAGAGAGAGAGAGAGAGAGAGGGAGAGAGGGAGAGAGAGUGGGGGAUGGAUAAGAGGUGUAGAGGCAUUUAAACAAGGAGAGAUGAGGUAAUAACAGCUAUUAAAAAAAAACGAAAAUUCAACAGGAUCAUUUAGCUGAGACUCCUCAUCUAAUACGAUUACAGAGUACAACUUUUUUUUCCUGACUCCCCUCUCAGGCAGGAGCUUAGUCUGUCCAAAACCUCUGAGGCCAGAAAUGCAAAUCCACAAUGCAAACAAGUAAACAGCAAACUAAACGUCUUUGAUUCUGCAAAUGCCAAAAAAAAAAGACUGAUUCUACAAGAACGGCAUCCAAGGGCCAAACCUGUGUGGAAGUGUAA